GGAGCCGCUGCGCGCCGUGGAUACGCUGAAACUAUGGAUACAAAGCGUCUUUCCCCAAGUAAAACUUCACAAUGAGGGAUAAAAGUAAGACGCGGUGUUGGGAGAGGGAGAGUUAAUUCCUAACCGGAGGAGUUUCCGUGAAGCUGGGAUCUUGCAGGUAUACAAGCAUGGAGCCACCGAUGUGUUGGGUUUGGGUUUGUGUCCUGCUGACUGUACCGCUUGCGGGAUGUUUGGAGAUGCACCUUUCAGAGACGUUACAGCCCGGGAGUGUUCUGGCAAACCUGUCUCUCGGCCACGGAUGGACUUAUAAAAUUGACAGGACUUUGUCUCCUAAAUUUAUUCAGAACUUUUUCCAAGUUGAGAAGCACGACGGGGUGAUCCGCCUGUCCCACAAUGUUAACUGUGCGCGCACGCCAAGGAACCCAGCGCCUGUUUAUUUCAGGACAGGUUCCUCAACGCCCGGAGACGUUAUCCUGACACAUUUUAACGUGUUUGUCCACGGCCAGGACUGUUUUAUUAAAUACAAAAGAAAGAAAACGUCAGAUAAGCCAGAUGUUCAUAUUAAACACAUUUUAAAACUGGAGGCAACUUCCUGCUUACCCGCAGGUAAAUUCUUAUUGAAUGUAACAGAACUUUUGCCAACCUUCGCACGGAGCUUUGCCAAAUUGGACACCGAAUGUGUUGGAAAAGACUUCGUUGCGCUGUUCAAACACGGGGAUUUGUUCCUGGUCAAUGACUUGUGUCUUAAGAAAAGGGGGAAGCCAGAGGUGAAUUUGCACUGCGUCUUGCGCAGCGCUAAACGCAGCCAACUCUACGUGCAGCUGAAUUUGACACUUUUAGAAACGUCUGAACAUGGUUCCCAUUCACAAACUUCUCCCAAAAAGCCUGACCGAUUCAUCCACAGGGGGAAGCGACAGGUAAAUGCAUCUCCACAGUUCCAGCUUCCUAACUAUCAAGUGUCUGUGCCCGAGAACCAACCUGCAGGCACAAGGGUUAUCACCCUGAAAGCAACUGACCCUGAUGACGGAGAGGCAGGGAGACUGGAGUACAGCAUGAAGGCCCUGUUUGACAGAAGGUCUGAUGACUUCUUUGAAAUUGACACACAGACAGGAAGCAUAACAACCAUCCAGCCGCUUGACAGAGAAGUCAAAGACACCCAUGUUUUCAAAGUUACUGUGACUGACAAUGGCAGCCCUAAAAGAUUUGCUACUUCUUACCUCACUGUCACCGUCAGUGACACUAAUGACCACACCCCGGUGUUUGAGCAAAAUGAUUACCGCGUCAGCUUCAGGGAGAAUGUGGAAGUCGGCUUCGAAGUGAUAACAAUCCGGGCCACAGAUGGCGAUGCCCCCUCUAAUGCCAACAUGAUUUAUAAAAUUGUGAAUGAUGAUGGAGUCAACUCUGUUUUUGAAAUUGACCCCCGGAAUGGCCUUGUGAGGAUCAGAGAGCGCCCUGACAGGGAAACCCGGGCCCAGUACAAGCUGAUUGUGGAGGCCAACGAUCAGGGCAAAGAUCCAGGUCCCCGGAGCGCCACUGCCACCGUUCACAUCUCUGUGGAAGAUGAAAACGACAACUAUCCACAGUUCAGUGAGAAAAGGUAUGUUGUGCAGGUCCCAGAGAAUGUGGCAGUCAACACUAAAGUCAUCCAGGUGGAAGCAACAGACAAAGAUGAAGGAAACAAUGCCAAAGUUCACUACAGCAUCAUCAGUGGGAAUGUUAAAGGACAGUUCUACAUCCACUCCCUCACUGGUGUGAUUGAUGUCAUUAAUUCUUUGGACUACGAGAUGAUUCGGGAGUAUAAUCUGCGGAUUAAGGCUCAGGAUGGUGGCAGGCCCCCACUGAUAAAUGGCACAGGGAUGGUGGUGGUGCAAGUGGUGGAUGUCAACGACAACGCCCCCAUGUUUGUCAGCACACCUUUCCAGGCUACUGUGUUGGAAAACGUGGCCAUCGGUUAUUCUGUGAUCCACAUUCAAGCAAUAGAUGGUGAUUCUGGAGAAAACUCUCGUUUGGAAUACCAACUCACCGACACCAGGCCUGGCUUUCCAUUCACAAUCAACAACAGCACGGGCUGGAUUACAGUAUGUGAAGAACUGGACAGAGAGACGACUGAGUUCUACACCUUUGGCGUGGAGGCGAGAGAUAAUGGGAUACCUGUGAUGUCAUCUUCAGCGAGUGUCAGCAUCACGGUGCUGGAUGUGAACGACAACGUGCCCACAUUUACAGAGAAGACCUACUCGCUGAAGAUCAAUGAAGAUGCUGUGGUGGGGACCAGCGUGCUGACAAUGACGGCUGUGGAUAGGGAUGUCAACAGUGUGGUGACAUAUCAGAUCUCCAGUGGCAACACCAGAAACCGCUUUGCCAUCACUAGCCAAAGCGGUGGAGGCCUCAUUACCUUGGCUCUUCCCUUGGACUAUAAGCAGGAACGCCAGUUCGUCCUAACGGUCAUGGCCAGUGAUGGAACCCGCUACGACACUGCUCAAGUCUUCAUCAAUGUGACAGACGCCAACACACACCGGCCUGUCUUCCAAAGUGCCAACUACCAGGUGACGCUCAGUGAAGAUAAACCGGUGGGCUCUACAGUGGUGGUGAUCAGCGCCACUGACGAGGAUACAGGGGAGAAUGCCCGCAUCACUUACAUCAUGGAGGACAAUGUUUCUCAGUUUAAGAUUGACCCGGAUACAGGUGCCAUCACAACACAAAUAGAGAUUGAUUAUGAAGAUCACGCCUCCUACACUUUAGCCAUCACUGCUAGAGACAAUGGCAUCCCUUAUAAAUCUGAUACUACCUCUGUGGUGAUUAUAAUCCUGGAUGCUAAUGAUAACACUCCCCAUUUCAUUAGAGAUAUUUACCAUGGGAAUGUAUUUGAAGAUGCACUCGUCUACACCAGUGUACUGCAGAUAUCUGCUUCAGACAGAGAUUCUGGCUCCAACGGCAGAGUAAGUUAUACAUUUGUGGGUGGUGAUGAUGGAGAUGGGGAUUUUAUGAUAGAGCCGUACUCCGGUAUCAUCAGAACUGCUCGCAGGCUGGACCGUGAGAAUGUUCCUGUUUACAACCUGAAGGCCUUUGCAGUGGACAAUGGGGUUCCUCCUUUGAAAGCAGCAGUUUCUGUUCACAUUCAGGUCCAAGACAUAAAUGACAACGCUCCAGUGUUUGAGAAGGAUGAGCUUUUUAUUAAUGUGAUGGAAAACAGCCCAGUAGGGUCUGUUGUGGCCCAAAUCACUGCCACAGAUCCAGACGAGCUCGCCAAUGCUGAGAUCAUGUACCAGAUUGUAGAAGGGAAUAUUCCAGAAGUUUUCCAGCUGGACAUCUUUAAUGGCGACCUCACUGCACUCAUAGACCUGGAUUAUGAGACUAGGACUGAGUACGUGAUAGUGGUCCAGGCCACAUCAGCACCACUAGUAAGCCGGGCUGUUGUGCACAUCCGCCUAGUUGACAUGAAUGACAAUAAGCCAGUUUUGCAGAACUUUGAGAUUAUUUUUAACAACUACGUCACAAACAAGUCCAACAGUUUCCCAUCAGGAAUAAUAGGAAAAGUACCGGCUCAUGACCCAGAUGUGUUGGAUAAACUGCGGUACAAGUUUGAAAGUGGAAAUGAGUUGAAUCUGUUGCUGCUGAACGAAGAAACCGGAGAUCUGAGGCUGAACAAGGUUCUGGACAAUGACAGGCCUUUGGAAGCACCCAUGAUCAUUUCUGUCUCAGACGGUAUCCAUUAUGUGGAAGCGCUGUGCACCCUACGUGUCACCAUCAUCACCGAUGACAUGUUGACCAACAGCAUCACGGUCCGUCUGGAGAACAUGUCCCAAGAGCGCUUCCUCUCUCCCCUGCUCAGCCUCUUCCUUGAGGGCGUGGCAGCUGUUCUCUCCACCAAGCGGGAAGCUGUGUUUGUGUUCAAUAUCCAAAAUGACACCGACGUGCAGGGCUCCAUCCUCAACGUAACCUUUUCUGCGCUGCAGCCUGGAGGAGUGCCGGGUAAAGGAACGUUUUUCCCAUCUGAGGAGCUGCAGGAGCAGAUCUACCUCAACAGGACGCUGCUCAGGCUCAUAUCUUCUCAAGAGGUGUUGCCGUUUGAUGAUAACAUCUGUCUGCGGGAGCCCUGUGAGAACUACAUGAAGUGUGUGUCUGUGCUGAAAUUCGACAGCUCUCCUCCGUUCAUUGCCUCUGACACUGUUCUGUUUCGGCCCAUCCACCCCAUAAAUGGGCUGCGGUGCCGCUGUCCGGUCGGUUUCACUGGAGACUACUGCGAGACCGAGAUUGACCUCUGCUAUUCAGGGCCGUGCAAGAACAACGGGAAGUGCCGCAGCCGAGAGGGUGGAUACACCUGCGAGUGCCUGGAAGACUUUACAGGCGAGCAUUGUGAGCUGAAUGCUUCUUCAGGCCGGUGUGUGCCGGGUGUGUGUAAGAAUGGUGGCAAGUGUGUCAACCGGCUUGUGGGUGGUUUCAUGUGCCAGUGUCCACCAGGGGAGUAUGAAAAACCCUACUGUGAGAUGACCACCCGCAGCUUCCCUGGUCAUUCCUUCAUCACCUUCAGAGGACUACGGCAAAGGUUCCACUUCACCAUCUCCUUCAUGUUUGCUACAAGAGAAAGGAAUGCUCUACUUCUCUACAAUGGCAGGUUCAAUGAGAAACAUGACUUCAUUGCCCUGGAGAUCAUCGCUGAACAGAUUCAGCUCACUUUUUCUGGAGGUGAGCGAAAAACCACGGUGUCUCCGUACAUCCCAGGUGGGGUCAGUGAUGGCCAGUGGCACACUGUCCAGCUCCAUUACUACAACAGGCCUAACAUUGGGCGUUUAGGCAUCCCUCAUGGACCCUCUGCAGAAAAGGUUGCUGUGGUUGCCGUGGACGACUGUGACAUCUCCAUGGCAAUUCGCUUUGGAAAGCAGAUCGGCAACUAUUCCUGUGCUGCCCAGGGAACCCAGACGGGACAGAAGAAGUCCCUGGACUUGACAGGACCACUGUUACUGGGAGGAGUUCCCAACCUGCCUGAGGAUUUCCCAGUCAGGAACAGAAACUUUGUGGGUUGCAUGAGAAAUCUGAGCAUAGACAGCAAACCUAUCGACAUGGCCAGCUACAUUGCUAACAAUGGCACCGCAGCAGGUUGUCCAGCAAAGAAAAACUUCUGCUCAAAUGACAUGUGUCUAAAUGGAGGAGUGUGUGUCAACAAGUGGAACACAUACAGCUGUGAAUGUCCCACAGGUUAUGGCGGCAAAAACUGUGAACAAGAGAUGCCAUCUCCUCAGUUUUUUGAUGGCCAGGCGAUGGUGUCCUGGAGCGAGCCAGACAUUACCAUCGCUGUGCCCUGGUACAUGGGCCUCAUGUUCCGGACCAGGCAGCCUGCAGGGACCUUGAUGCAGGUGAAUGCUGGACCCUCCUCCACCAUCAACCUCAUGGUGAGUGAGCAACAGGUCCGUAUGGAAGUUUUGCUGAGGCAGCAAUUGCUGGCAUCGCUGACCUUUCCCCAAGUUCGUGUCAAUGAUGGGGAGUGGCACCACUUGCUGGUUGAACUAAGAAGCAUUAAAGAUGGAAAAGAUAUCAAAUACAUGGCUGCUGUGUCCCUGGACUAUGACAUGUACAAGCAGAGGUCAGUGGAGAUUGGUAAUGAGCUCCCAGGUCUGAAGCUGCAGGCUCUUCAUGUUGGAGGUCUGCCUGGAGAGGGAAACCUUGUCAACAAAGGAUUUGUGGGCUGCAUACAGGGUGUGCGUAUGGGUGAAACAUCGACCAACGUGGCCAACGUGAACAUGGCUCAGGGUCUGAAGAUCCAUGUAGAAGAUGGCUGCGAUCUAGAAGACCCCUGCGACACCAACAUCUGUCCUGAGAACAGCCACUGCAGUGAUGACUGGAGCACUCACACCUGUGUUUGUGACCCAGGUUACUUUGGUAAACACUGUGUGGAUGCUUGUAAGCUCAACCCUUGUGAGCAUGUUUCCACAUGUGUUCGCAAACCAAGCUCCUCCCAUGGAUACAUCUGCGAAUGUGGACAGAACUACUACGGCCAGUACUGUGAAAACAAAGUGGAGAGGCCAUGUGCUCUGGGUUGGUGGGGCAGUCCUGUGUGUGGGCCCUGUAACUGCGAUACAAACAGAGGAUUUCAUAAAGACUGCAACAAAACUACUGGAGACUGCCGCUGCAAGGACAACCACUAUCGCCCAGAGGGUGAGGACGCUUGCUACCCCUGUGACUGUUUUCAUAUUGGCUCUGAGUCUCGAACCUGCGACCCCAUCUCUGGGCAGUGUCCAUGCAAAGGAGGAGUCAUUGGUCGACAGUGUAACCGAUGUGAUAACCCCUUUGCUGAAGUCACACCCACUGGAUGCGAGGUGGUGUAUGAAGGAUGUCCCAAGGCAUUUGAUGCAGGCAUUUGGUGGCCCAAGACCAAAUUUGGACGCCCUGCUGCCAUGAACUGUCCUAAAGGAUCGAUUGGUACUGCCAUCCGUCAUUGCAGUGAUGAAAAAGGCUGGUUGUCACCUGAACUCUUCAACUGCACCGCUGCCACCUUCUCUCUUCUGAAGAAGCUGAAUGAGGACCUGCGUCGAAACAGUUCACGGAUGGACGGCGAACAGUCCAAGACCAUCGUGCGUUUGCUUCACAGCGCCACAAAUAAAACACCACAUUUUUUUGGUAAUGACGUGAAGAUGACGGCACAGCUGCUGAAUCAUGUGCUGCAAUAUGAGAGCCGGCAGGCUGGGUUUAACCUCACUGCCAUGAAGGAUGCAGAGUUCAAUGAGAAUUUGGUGCGGGCAGGUAGCGCCAUACUGGAUCCUAAAACCAAGGAUUACUGGGAGCAAAUCCAGAGGACAGAAGGCGGCACUGCACAUCUGCUCCGCAACUUUGAGGAGUACGCUAAUACGCUGGCACAAAACGUCAGGAAGACCUACCUGAAACCCUUCACCAUCGUCACUGACAACAUGAUCUUAACUGUAGACUACUUGGAUGUGUCUGACCCAGAGAGGGCAACAUUACCUCGGUUCCAGGACAUCCGGGAGUCCUUCCCCAAAGACCUCAGAUCUUCCAUCCACUUCCCACAGUUUAACCUGCGCUCUCAGGUCCAUAAAGUCGAACCCACUCCUGCCCCCCCAACCCAAACUGAUGCCCCCCAGGGGGAGGAGCAUACAGUGUCUGACAGGAAAAGGCGCCACCUAGAGCCUGCUGCCCCUCUGCCUGUUGCUGUGGUCAUAGUUUACAAGUCUCUGGGACAGCUUCUUCCAGAGAGAUAUGACCCUGACCGCAGAAGUCUGAGGCUCCCUAACCGUCCAGUGAUUAACACAGCCAUUGUUAGCGCCACAGUCCACAACGAAGAUCCUCCUCUUUCACCCAUCCUGGACCCCCCCAUUACUUUGGAUUUCACCCUGCUGGAGACCGAGGAGAGAACGAAGCCUGUCUGUGUGUUCUGGGACCACACCAUUGCGAUUGGGGGUACAGGCGGUUGGUCUUCUAAAGGGUGUGAGGUGCUCAACAGGAACAACAGCCACAUUAGCUGUCAGUGUAACCACAUGACCAGCUUUGCUGUGCUGAUGGACAUUUCCAAGAGAGAGCACGGUGACGUCCUCCCCCUGAAGAUCGUCACUUAUACCACGGUGUCAGUCUCCCUGUUCCUGCUCCUCCUCACCUUCAUCCUGUUGUGCCUCUUGCACCGGCUCCGCUCCAACCUCCACUCCAUCCAUCGGAACCUUGUGGCAACGCUGUUCUUCUCGGAGCUCGUCUUCCUGCUUGGCAUCAAUCAGACUGACAACAUGUUUGUGUGUACAGUGAUAGCCAUCCUCCUCCAUUAUUUCUACAUGUGCACCUUUGCCUGGAUGUUUGUGGAAGGGCUGCAUAUCUACCGCAUGCUGACAGAACUGAGGAACAUCAAUCAUGGACACAUGCGGUUUUACUAUGCCAUGGGAUGGGGCAUACCGGCUAUCAUCACCGGUUUGGCAGUGGGUCUUGAUCCUCAAGGUUAUGGAAACCCUGAUUUCUGCUGGCUUUCUGUUCAUGACACACUCAUCUGGAGCUUCGCGGGACCCAUCUUUGUAGUUGUCCUGGUAAACAUAGUGAUUUUCGUCCUAGCGGCGAAGGCUUCCUGUGGUCGCAGACAGAAAGUGAUGGAGAAGUCAGGAGCAAUUCCUGCGCUACGUAUGGCCUUCCUCCUCCUGCUACUCAUCAGUGCCACCUGGCUGCUGGGUCUGAUGGCAGUCAACAGCAAUGUGAUGAUGUUCCACUAUCUGUUUGCUGUGUUCAGCUGCUUGCAGGGAGUCUUCAUCUUCUUCUUCCAUGUGAUAUUCAACAAAGAGGUUAGGAAAAACCUCAAGAAUGUCUUCACAGGAAAGAAGAACAUACAAGACGAGUCGAGCACCACAAGGGGCUCCUUGCUCACCCGUUCUCUCAACUACAACAACACAUACACAGAGGAUGGCCCACUGUACCGCUCAGCCAUCGGCGAGUCCAACGUCUCCCUGGAUAGUACGCUCAGGUCAGCAAAGAGCCGCAGCAGCUUCCUGGCUUACGCACGCAGGGAAGAGUCAGGUCAAAAGCCUAGUGUUUCUUCAGGAACGGCAAAAGGACACACAGAUCUGGAUGGACCUCUUUUCCACAGAGAUGGCAACAAAGGAGACGACUCUGACUCAGAUAGUGAGUUGUCAGUAGAUGAACACAGCUCCUCUUAUGCCUCCUCCCACUCCUCCGAUAGCGAGGAUGAUGAUGUGGAUGUCAAGCCAAAAUGGAACAAUGAGAGGCCCCUUCACAGCACUCCAAAAGGAGAGUCAGCGUCCAAUCAUGUGAAACCUUAUUGGCCAAUAGAGGCCACCACAGCCAGUGACAGUGAGGACCCAGGUGGGACAGAGAGGCUGAGGGUGGAGACUAAGGUGAAUGUGGAAUUGCACCCAGAAAAUAAACUUAAUCACGUUGGUGAAAGAGAGAGGGAAGCUCUUCAGGAGAGAGACAGGCAGACACCCAGUAAUGCUAAAGACACAGCACCUGCCACUCAGUCCAACAGCAACCACCAACCAGAGCAGAGAAAAGGUAUCUUAAAGAACAAGAUCAGCUAUCCUCCUCCACUGACUGACAAGAACAUGAAGAACCGUCUCAGGGAGAAGCUGAGUGACUACAACUCCCCCACAAUCACCUCCCCUCUGCCCAACAACAAUAACACCUCCUCCCCACCUCCUCCCUCUGUCAACAUCAUGGCCCCUUCAUCCCGGCCGUCUUCGCAGGCCUCUAACGAAGGAGGAGGUCGCAAUCAUGACAACAGCUCCCUCGUGAAGCCACCCAUCGCCCCACGGCCUCAGAUCCCAGUUGGAGCACCAGCGACAAGCAUCUACCGGGAGACCAAUGGGGGGGUUGCCAUGCACUUGAAGUCAGGGACGGUGAAUGGAGGCAAUGAGUCCGACUCCGAUGGCAGUAAUGAGACUUCGAUCUGACCCGUUAGGAAAAUCCAGACCAGCCUGCCCUUGUGAGAGAGGGAGUCUGCUGAGAGAAGAAGAAAAGGAGGGAGACCUGGAGAGUAAUAAAAUGAAAGAAAGAUAAAAAAUGAAGGGAUGUUGAGCAUAUGGCAGAUAGGAGGGAAUAAAAUUUAUUCCCCCUGCCGUAUCUGCCCAUCCAUUCCUCCUCAGGUUUCCUCUCUCUGGAGAGCAGUAUUAACGGCAGACUGGAGGGCUGCCUGGGACAAGAUGGAGAGAUGCGAGAGAUAGUAAAGGGAAUGCUCCGUAGGACUUUACCAAGAAGUGAUGCAAAGGAGCCACGUGUGCCAACACCACUUAAAAAUGGGGACAAAAAGUCAAAUGAUAAAGAAUGCUUUGCAAACCUUACAAAGAUGCUCCUCUGUGGACAUAAAGAGCCUGUUGCGGUUUUAUUACAUUGUACUUAAACAGUUAAAGUUACUGAAACAUGGACGUCACGUCAGAUCAAGUCUUUUGCACGGAGAAAAAACUGAUGCAUAACAAACUGGUACAGUGGCAUGUAUAGUCCUAAAGGAUUUCAAGGACUACAGUUGCUCCAAGCAUAAGACACAACCUGGUCUCUGUGAAUUUUGGACACUUUUGACUCAGAUACAGAACAACUCUAUCACACACUAAGUGCUCUUCUGUUAUGUUGUGUGUUUUUUUAAACUCAAAGGCCUCUACAGCCUCUCAGUGCAGUGUAUUUAGAGUGUAAUUAUUGUGUAGAUAUUUUUUAAGGUGAAGAAGAAAUGAUUUAUUUUUUAUUGCAUUUGAAGCAAGGACAUGUUUCUAAACUGAAAAUAUUUUACUGGCGUAAUGCUGGGAACACUGUUAUGAAAAUCACUACAUAUGCUGGUUUCAUAGAGAACAAAAAGUCUGUGUGCCUUUGUUCUGCACUGAGGGCUCACACAUGCACACCGUUCUCCUGCAGUAGCAUGUAGUGAGCUUUCAUAGAAUUAUAUUCUGUUUGAGUCCAUGACAACCGUAAGGCCUAAAAGAACAUUAAACCAGGAAUGAAGAGGAACUCCUCUGUAAUAAAACUCAGAUUUCCAGUUGGAGCACUACGAACCCGAAGCCUUCUUUUCCAGUGUCCUUCCUGCCAGUUUGUCUGAUACAGCAAACUCCUGGUUACCAAAGUCAUGAAAUACAGCACAUAAGCAGAUUGAAAUUGAGGUCAGUUCAGUUAAACUCAAUUUGAUUCCAAAAUUGUUGAAAAAAAUAGACAUUAAUUGAUCUUUUUAUCAUAAAGGUGAAGCACAGUUUAAAGUAUUUAGCAUGUAAUAAUUGAUAUAUAUAUAAAUUUGUUAAAUUGUUAGAAUCCAAAUUGCAAGUCCACAUGACAUGAACUUGUGUAUUUUGCAGCUAAUAUAUGGUAAUAUACAAUGUACAGUACAUUUACCAGCCAUUGAAUCCUUUUGUAUGUUAUAAACUGCACACCCCAAGUGUUUCGCCCUUAUGUAAUCAUGCUGUCGAUGAAUGUCUUUGUUUUUGUAUGAUCUGAGACACUGGAAAUGUUUUGUAACAUAAUGUAUAUUUAUUUUUUAUGGUUUUAAAACACUGGAAAAAUAUGAUUGUGAUUGUAAAAUUAAAAACAUUAAU